AUGCAGCAGCUUGCGCUUCCAAUCUCUCCUUCCUCCAAUGUCUUCCCUUUCGCCAAUCGCCAUGGCCCUCCACCGAUCCCCCAGCUCAUACAGAACCACCGUUGUAAUUUGGUGAGUCCCGGGAAAGUCUCUGGCUAUUUCUCAUCGAUUAGCCGAGCACUCGAGGAUGAUGAAGAGCAUCGGAAAUCACGCGCCGCCGUCAAGCGGAAAAGCGUCGAAUUGGAGAGUUAUGCAAUCGAGGGCAUUUCCGUCAGUGGCCUCCAGACGUGCGUCAUCGUCCCGACGCUCAAUUGCGUCUUCGAUAUCGGGAGAUGCCCUUCACGCGCUAUCCACCAGAAUUUUCUUUUCAUCACUCACGCUCAUCUUGAUCAUAUCGGCGGCCUACCCAUGUAUGUAGCUAGCCGUGGGUUAUACAAUCUUGACCCACCCAAAAUAUUCGUGCCACCAUCUAUCAAAGAAGAUGUGGAGAAACUCCUUGACAUUCACAGGAGUAUGGGUCAAGUAGAGCUCAAUGCUCAAGUGAUUCCUCUCGAUGUUGGAGAAACAUAUCAGUUGCGGAAUGACAUUGCUGUUAGACCAUUUGCAACUAACCACGUCAUACCCAGUCAGGGUUAUGUCAUCUACUCGGUCAGGAACAAGUUGAAGAAGCAGUAUGGUCACCUCAAAGGCAAACAGAUAGAAAAGAUUAAAAAGUCUGGCGUUGAGAUUACAGACAUGAUAUUAUCUCCUGAGAUAGCCUUCACUGGAGAUACAACUGCAGAUUAUAUGCUUGACCCUCGUAAUGCUGAUGCGUUGAGAGCAAAAGUUCUUAUAACCGAGGCAACGUUCUUGGAUGAAAGUUUUAGCACUGAGCAUGCGCAGUCACUCGGUCACACUCACAUAUCUCAGAUCAUUGAGAAUGCAAAGUGGAUCCGGAGCAAAUCUGUAUUAUUGACACAUUUCUCAGCACGUUACCAUGUAGAGGAAAUUCGUGAAGCUGUGCUUAAGUUGCAAUCAAAAGUAUCCGCAAAAGUUAUUCCUCUUACAGAAGGUUUCAAGUCAAGAUAUUCUUAA